AUGGAGGUUGAGGAGUACGUUGAGCAGUUCAACGAGGGGAAAGAGUGCCCUCGAUCCGCGCAACGGCCUGUCUCCGAAACGCAAAACACAGUUCUCUACACUGUGCUGACCACAGAAGAAGUCGACUCCUCCAUACGAGAGUUUUCGUAUAUCUGGUCUCCGGGAGGCUUCGAUAUCGGAGAACCUGAUACCAAUCGGCUCGGUGGCGGAGAUGGGUCGUGCCAUAUCGCAAUUUUUAAAAUCGACACAGAGAACCCAGAUACCCAGCAAAAGAAGCCCGAAGAAUAUGAACACUCUGUGGCAGUGGAUAUACAAAACGACCAUCACCUGCCAACCCUCCCUGCGACCUGUUACUCCGCGAAUCAGGAAGAGUCAUCUUUGGAUUGCUCGAAAAGUCAUCGACGAGAUAGCUCCAGUGUUUACACUCCCAUCCGCCGGUGUCCGACGGCUACUGAACCGAGUGCUGAUAAUCGCUCGAUAUCAUGUGGAAGUCACAAAUUCGAUGGAUUCACCAAAGGGCCCCCUACAGAGGAUGAUAGAAGCGCAAACUACUCGGACUGCCUUCAAGGUGGACAGACCUAUUGCAACAAUCGAUACAGGUUUGCUAAAGCAGAAUCCGUGUCGCUGCCUGCUCAUGACAGAAGGCCACACUGUCAAGAAGAUAUCUCCUACUGGCAGGAUGCAUCGAGAGGCAUACAAUCGUCGGAUCUUCCGCGAUUUCAAGUGGACCUGCCAUUACCCCGAUCACGCUCUGUAGGGCGUCGGCUUAUCUCUAGAAUGAAGUUCUGGAACGCUUCUAAAGAGGAUAGCGCGAGCUCGAAACCACGAAGCUAUAUGUCAAAUUCCAAACGAAGCAUCACUGCGUCCAUUGCCAGUUCUUGGUCUAGAAAAGCGAAGGGAUAUUUGAAAAAAGCCUCGUCGAGGGACACAUAUCUGGCAUCGAGAAGGGCGAAGAGCUCGCAACCCUCGAUUCGAACGGUGUCGCCUAAGUCUAUAUUCUCACGAGUCCAAAAAUCAUCUGCUUCGAACUACUCGGAUUUCAUGACCGAGUUGAACUCUAGAACAAGAGUCGCGGUAUCCACGCCCCCUCCAGAAACAUCCCUAUCCACUUGCUCUAAAGAACUUCCAACUUUGGAUUUGGAGAUCCAGAUGCCACUAGGCGAACCCCGUCCGUUCCAAUGCACUUUUUGCUUGAUGCAAUGGGAGAAUAAGGAAGAAUGGGCGUACCAUGAGGCUGCUUUCCACAUGAGGCCUUAUGGAAACCUCUAUUCCCAGGACGAAGGCGUCGUUACGCACGAUGAUGUGAUGUUUUCAAUGUCUGACGUCGUCUCCACGUUUAGCAGGUAUGAGAAUCAAGAACCUUCCCACGACGCCGAAGCAGCUGCAGAGAAAUGUAUUAGCUUUGGGUAUCAUCUUUAUUCAGACAAUCCACAGGCACUUGAAGGGCCCAAAAGAAUAGAUUCUUGGAACUGGCUCGAGAAAAGAAGCAACUGGUUUUGGAAUUGCGGGUUCUGUGAGCUUAUUCUACGAACUUGGGCCGAGCGACAAGAACAUGUCGCUGAGCACUUUGAGCAAGGCACGACAAUGAUCUCCUGGAAUCCACUUCGGUCUCCGUAUCCGAUUUCAAAGUUCACCAUGACACCCGUUGAAGGCUUUCCACCUUGGGACCUCUCCCCAUUACACUGUCUCCAACAGCCUGGUUUCCAAGAUGAAGUCUAUCGUGCCAGCCAAUGUCCGCCCGAACUCAAAUGUCAAACCUGCGAAAAACAUUUCCCCGACACGAACGCCUCCAUCCAACACACCAAGCUCUGGCACAACACCCCAGAAAGCUGGAUCUGCCCCGGUCCUGAGCACGCCAGCAACCCAGGUGUAUUCUUCGACACCGAAAUAUAUACUGAAGACGCAUCAGACCUCGCGUCUCUCAAUCUCGAUGAGAAUCCUAACAUCCAAGCCGACCAGGCCUCCGUCAACGCAAAAAAGGUCUAUACAUACGACUACUGCCUGUGCUGCGGAGAGAUAUUUUCUGAAUCCCCAGCAGACUGGAGCGCACGCAAGCAACAUCUCCGAGACGUGCACUGCAUAUGCGAGACGGACGAUAUUGGCUACGAUCACAAGCACAAUAACGGUGAACCAUUCUAUCGCGAAGAGCUAUUCUCGUUGCACUUGGCGAACUGCCACAACGUGAGGUUGGAGUAUUUGACGGAGUUUACGGAAAUCUGUCGCAAAAAAGCCCAACCACCGGUGUUGAUGGUUCAGUCGGGACAUUUGAAGGCGUGAAGGCAUCAUCUCUUGUAUAAUAGUUCCCCUUUUUUCUUUUUUCCUUUUCCCCCCCCAAAUUCUCUUUCUACAAAUUUCAUGUGAUGGUUGGCAGCGAUGUUUGCAUUUAGGUAUCUUUGUAUUUAAAAGCAGCGAUAUGCAUACUGGGAUAAAUCCAGCAAGAACGGCGUACAUUGAUAUUUCUCUACGGAGUGACUAGCGACGAACAUAAAAUAGAAAAAUGAGAAUAAGAAAGUAGUUAAAUUACAGGC